CUGGGCGCCUAGCCCCAGACCCAGCAUCAUGACUCCCAGCUUUGCAAAAAUGAGUCCAUCGCACCCCGGCCGCUUGCAACUCGGACCACCCCAUUCUCUGCCGACAACUUGAGGCGUGUUCGCCAUUACAAAAUGUCUCAGUCCGUCAGCAUCCCCGCCCCGAAGCCCCACAACCAGGUCGUCGCUUCCCCGACCACCACCACCACCCUCCACGACAGGAUGGCCGCCCGACGGGACUCUAUUGUCAACUCCAAGAUCCGCGAGGCCAAGGUCUUGCAUCCCGUCGACAACGAGCACCUUAGGCUCCUCAUUCUGGAGAAUAUCAGCCAAGAGGCCGUCAAGGCUUUCCAGUCGCAAGGCUUCCAUGUUGACCACCACACGAAGGCCAUGUCGGAGGACGAGCUCGUAGAGAAGAUCGGGCAGUACCAUGCCAUCGGUAUCCGCAGUAAGACGAAGAUCACCGAGCGAGUCAUCAAGGCAGCAUCCAAGUUGCUGGUCAUUGGGUGCUUCUGCAUUGGCACCAAUCAGGUCGACCUCGAGACCGCUGCCAAAGCUGGCAUUCCCGUCUUCAACUCACCCUUCUCCAACUCGCGUUCCGUCGCCGAGCUCGUCAUUUCUGAAGUCAUCGCGCUCUCGCGACAGUACUUUCAGCGCGCGUUUGAGAUGCGCGAGGGCAUCUGGAACAAGCAGUCCAAAGGCUGCUGGGAGAUCCGUGGCAAGACGCUCGGCGUCGUUGGGUACGGCCACAUUGGCUCGCAGCUCUCCGUGCUGGCCGAGGCGUUCGGUAUGCGCGUCCUCUUCCAUGAUGUGGUCAACAUCAUGCCUCUGGGAUCGGCGCGGCAGGUCGAGUCGCUCAACGCGCUCCUGAACGAGUCCGACUUCGUCACACUGCACGUUCCCGAGCUCCCGGAAACCCUGAACAUGAUUUCCGGAGCGCAGUUGGCAGAAAUGAAGAAGGGUUCGUACCUGAUCAACAACGCUCGAGGGAAGGUGGUCGACAUCCCUGCUCUCGUCGAUGCGCUCAAGUCUGGCCACCUCGCCGGCGCUGCCCUUGACGUCUACCCCUCUGAGCCCGGCUCGAACGGCUCGCCCUUCGACGAUCAGCUUAACUCUUGGUCGUCCACCCUCCGCUCCAUCCCCAACGUCAUCCUUACGCCGCACAUCGGCGGGUCCACCGAGGAAGCGCAGCGCAUGAUCGGCGAGGAGGUCUCCUCCGCGCUGACACGCUACCUCAACUACGGCUCAACAAUGGGCGCGGUCAACUUCCCUGAGGUCGACCUGCGCGCGAUCACCGCGGAGCAGCAGGGCAUCCGCGUCUGCCAUGUGCACAACAACAUCCCCGGCGUGCUGCGCCAGGUCAACGAGGUCCUCUCGCCGUACAACGUCGAGAAGCAAUUCUCAGACUCCAAGGGCGACGUCGCGUACCUCAUGGCGGACAUUGCGGACGUCAGCCCGAGCGACAUCAACAAGCUCCGCGAGCUUCUCAGCAAGACGAGCGCGAACAUCCUCACGCGGUUAUUGGUGUAGUGUUCGGAGCGUUCACUGGGUACGUCAGGUGGUUGGCAUUGCCACUGUAUCAAAAGGACGACGCCGUGUUGUGUUGCUCGUCCGUCCACUCAACUGGAUAUUCCACUCAACUGGAGACACUCGCUAUUGUACUAUACGUAUAUGCUGACCACCUAGAUGCUGUAUAAUUAGAACGAAAGGAUUGUAUGUUCAAGAUAAACCAUAGGCCUGUCAAUGAAUAGCUUGCUGGCUGCGCGUGAUUGCUUCACGACCUGCGAACAUAGACUCAAAGAUUGACAUCAAUUGAAUAACAGUGCUGUUGAUACAUCCGA